GGAUGGCCAGGGAGCUCUUGGCCAUCAUUUUUGCCAUGCCGGAAAGUGAUGGCCGAGGAGUUGAUCCCUGUUUUCGGGCGGGAAAACGGGGGCAAUCGGGCUUGUCGACGCUUUCUCUAGCAAAAUCACACUGAAGUUGAUGCGUGGCUUUGCUCUGCUGCUCGCCAGAGCGUGCAGCGUAACAUUUUGCACGACGGUACGGGGUACAGAUAACGGGAACGCGUUCAAUCUGUUACGCGAAGCGUCUAGACGAGACCUUCUAAGCACAUUCGUUUAGAAUUAUUUUUCUAAGUGCCUCCUAUAGAUUAUAGCAAAGGGGGAGGGCGAAGUCGUUUCACUAUUAUUAUAAUUAUCUGAAGAUCCUCGGGGCAAGGAGUUGGUGAGAAGUUGUAUCAGAGUUCACAACUCGUCGCGUUGUGUUCCAGGCAUGUUGAAAAACUGGUCUACUCGGCUACAACUUGAACUUCCAGUAGGCAUAUAAGAAAAAUGUCGACCAACAU